CAACUCCAUUCCGUGUACUCCUUCGAAACCAAUCAAAAUCCAUUUCCUUUUCAUCUCUCUCUCAUCAUUUCCAGUAGUAGUGAGAGAAUUUCAAUGGCGAAACCUAUCGUCGACACGGAGUAUCUGAAAGAAAUCGACAAGGCUCGUCGUGAUCUCCGCGCUUUCAUCUCCAACAAGAACUGCGCUCCCAUCAUGCUUCGCUUGGCGUGGCACGACGCUGGUACGUAUGAUGUUAAUACGAAGACAGGUGGCCCUAAUGGCUCGAUCAGGAAUGAGGAAGAGUACACUCAUGGAUCAAAUAAUGGCUUGAAAAUUGCCAUUGAUUUUUGCGAGGAAGUGAAGUCUAAACAUCCGAAGAUUACAUAUGCGGACCUAUACCAGCUUGCCGGUGUUGUUGCAGUUGAGGUCACUGGUGGUCCGACCAUUGACUUUGUUCCUGGUAGGAAGGAUUCGAAGGUUUCUCCCAAGGAAGGACGGCUUCCAAAUGCUUCUAAAGGUGUGUCACAUCUGAGGGACAUAUUCUAUCGGAUGGGUUUAUCUGACAAGGAUAUCGUGGCACUGUCAGGGGGCCACACUCUGGGCAGGUGCCAUCCGGAGAGAUCGGGUUUUGAUGGCCCUUGGACUAGGGAGCCUCUGAAGUUUGAUAAUUCAUACUUUGUGGAGCUGCUGACGGAAGAAUCAGAGGGGCUGUUGAAACUUCCAACAGACACGGCUUUAUUGGAUGAUCCUGAGUUCCGCCAAUAUGUUGAGCUCUAUGCAAAGGAUGAGGAUGCUUUCUUCAGAGAUUAUGCAAUAUCACACAAGAAACUUUCUGAGCUAGGGUUCACUCCAAGUUCCUCUGGUUCCAAGGUAGCAGUGAAGGAAAGCAUCAUAUUGGCACAAAGUGCUUUCGGUGUUGCUGUUGCUGCCGCUGUGGCGAUCCUAAGUUACUUUUAUGAAGUCCGGAAGAAGAAGUAAGCAGAAUUUGUUUGAUCUCUCUAUUGAAAAAUCAAUUUAUCGUCUGUAUAAAAUCAUUGGCAGAAAGGUUAUAUCUACCACACAGUGCUGAGUCCUCGUGUUUUCAUUUUGAUAUAAGUUACAAUAAUACAACACCAAAGGCCUUCACUAGACUGCCUUUUAGCGAAACUAGUAGAAAGAUAGAAUUGGUCUUUUUCCUUUCACGUUGAAGUAAAUAUUAAAUUGCAUGUUAAAAAAAUGUUUCAUUUCACUUC